AUACAAACUCUCCUUAUUAUAUUAAUAUACGCAAAAACCCUAACGAAAGCUCCACCGUUCUUUGAACCUUGGAUCCAAAAACCAUUGAAGAGGAAAGCCUUUGAUCAAAUAGGCAAAACAAAAUCCUCAACUGAAAUCAAAAGCAAUGGCCUCGUUCGAUGAAGCACCGCCUGGAAAUGCGAAAGCCGGGGAGAAGAUCUUCAAGACGAAGUGCGCCCAGUGUCACACCGUCGAGAAAGGCGCUGGUCACAAGCAAGGGCCGAAUUUGAAUGGGCUUUUGGGGAGGCAGUCCGGCACAACUUCAGGAUACUCCUACUCUGCUGCUAACAAGAACAUGGCUGUGAUUUGGGGAGAGAACACAUUAUAUGACUACUUGCUUAAUCCUAAGAAGUACAUCCCUGGGACAAAGAUGGUUUUCCCUGGAUUGAAGAAGCCACAGGAACGUGCCGACCUCAUUGCUUAUCUGAAGGAAUCUACUGCCUGAUGCAUCUGCCUUAUAAUCAGCUAUUUUGGAACAAUAUGAAGAGUUUUGAUCAAUGAUUCUAGGUUCUGAAGUUCUUAUUUUUUUUUUCUUACAUGAAGAAAACUAAGCGAUUCUUGAAAUAAAAAAACCAUUAAUGGCUCCAAGAUAAUUUGGGUUCUGGAGUUGUAGCAAAGUGGUGGAAAGAUUUUGUGCAAGACCAAUCUCAUGAUGGUGAGGCAUUCCACAUUUUCCAUGAAACAUUUGAUGAUUUAUUUAGGCUCUGAGCCUAUUGACAAUUGCACUGUUUUGGUGGCUGUUAACUUGUUAUGGUAUCUUGAUGGGGAUGAUAAUAUUUUUUCCUGAC